AUGCUCUUCACCAAGGUCGUUAUCCUCGCCGCCGCUGGCCUCGUCGCCUCAGAGGCCGCCCCCCAAGUCACCCAACCCGCCGUCCUCCGUCGUGAUCUCGGUGACGACCUCAAGAACUGGGCCGAAACCAAGGCCGGAGAAAAGGUCACCGACGUCGAAGAGUGGGCCAAGACCAACGCCGACAAGGUCCAGCAGUGGGCUUCCGAAGAGGGCGGCGACGCCAAGAGCUGGGUUCAGGACAACUACAGUGACGCCGGCAACUGGGUUUCCACAAAGGCCGACGCCGCCAGCACCAAGAUCGAGGCUGCCAUCAGUGGUGCUUCCGCCAGCGCCUCUGCUGCUGCCAACGACGACGACAACGCUGCUGCUAGCCUCGGUGGUCAGUCUGGUGUUGUUGCCAUGAUGGCUGCUAUUGGUGUUACCGCCUUUGGCUUCUUCCUCGCUUAA